AUGCGAAUAUUCGUCACUUAUUUGCUGAAAUCUUGUGUUCAGAUGAAGCAGGCGAUAUUUCUUCUGCUAUGUGUGUGCUUGAGCGUGUGUUUGGCGAUGAGACAGCAGGCCGUUCACGUCAAAGGGCAACUGAUGUGUGGCAAUCAACCGGCUAGAAACGUGAAGGUGAAACUCUGGGAUGAGGAUGAAGGUCCCGAUCCAGACGAUGUUCUAGACGAGGGCACAACGGACAGCACCGGUCAUUUUGAGCUGGAAGGAAGCACCCGCGAACUGACGUCAAUCGAUCCGAUCUUUAAGAUUUAUCACGAUUGCGAUGACGGAAUCAAACCUGGUAAACGCAAAAUCAAACUGAAGAUUCCAUCGCAAUACAUAUCCUCUGGCAGUCAUUCGAAAAAGAUAAUGGAUUUAGGUGUGCUUAAUCUGGAAACGAUCUUCCCCGGAGAAGAACGAGACCUCUUUUAG